AUGAACACCUUUAAUAUUGAUAAGAAUAAAUACGUGAAGAAGGCAAAAGAGAAGAAAUCCCAAAAUAAGAUAUCCUCAAAUCCACUUUUAUUAAUAAAAAUCAGAGAAGAAGAUUUCGAUGACCUAAACACUUCAACUUCGCCUCAUUUAUCAAUCCCAAUUUUCAGUCCAACUAAAUUCAUAUUUCCAUCAUUGGUGGCCAUUUAAAAAGUUAAAUGA